AUGGCUGGCCCAAGCAAAUCACUCGUCCUCGAUCCUGCUCUGCAGAAAUACUACGAACUUAACGCAAACCGAUACAAAUACUUCCGCUGGACACCGCGAAAUGCAUGGUUGACACUGGUAUACGCUGGCAUUGUGCCUGGUAUUAUCGGAUACAUUGCUUAUAGCACUGAUGGAAAAUACGAUUUGCGGGGAAAGAGGCGAGGUGAUACCGUUGUUGAAUGGUAG